AUGGUUCAACGGCUACGCAGUGUGCUCCUGAUGGGCUCACUGACCUACCAGGCUGUGGCCCAGUCGAACUGCUCUCAAUCCUCCGCGCCGGUGGAUCUGGCAUGGCAUCCACCCAACGACACGAACAUCAACAAUCUGGAGUAUGUCGUUAAUGGAACGGGAAUUGAAGGCUUCAUUUUCAAUUCGUCGAUCACCCCUGCGUCAACACCAUACAGCACCUAUAAUUGGUGCAAUAUGCCACAUGUCAGGGCCAAGGAGUAUCCUCAUGUUUCUCCAGACUAUACCCUCGAAUAUGUCGAGGUUAUCCACCGCCACCACAAGCGAACGCCAUACGCGUCCAAUGCCUUUCCGCGCGAAUCUUACUCCUGGAACUGUGACGACGAGGCGCUGUUCUACUAUGGCGUUCCUCGACCCGACGGAAAUUCGGCCCAGGUGAAUUGGCAAGUCUUCACUUCUCCUUCCAACCCGUUGGCACCGGAAGGCUUCAAUGGGACGUGCCAGUUCCCGCAAAUUACUGGCUCAGGUCUGAACGAUUCUCGUCAACACGGCCGGGAUAUCUUUGGCGUUUACCACGACCUACUGGACUUCUUACCGUCAUCCUACAAUUCAUCGACAGUGCAGUACCGGGUGACCAACAACGUCAUCACCUCGCAGGUCGCAGGCCAAAUCGUGCAGGCACAAUAUUCCGGACUUCGAAAUCGACCGGCAUCCGUACUCAUUCAGCCCGACAGCAUCGACAGCCUCGAACCGGGAUACACAUGCGCCGUCGCGAGCGACCUCUACUCUUCUUACGGAGUGGGCAGUGACGCUGCAAAUUGGACAUUGCACCUCAACGACUCGAUUUCUCUGUUCGCCAAGCUCGAUUCGGUCAGUGGAGUGAACGCCAGUGAUUCAGGAUGGCACAAUUGGUUCGACCACUACUUCGACAAUCUGUCCGCACGGCUGUGUCAUCAGAAGCCACUGCCAUGCCAAAUCGGCAACGCAACCAACUGUAUCACCCAAGCCGACGCCGAGGCAGUGUUCCGAAGAGGUCAGUACGAAUACUCCUUCAUCUACCGAGACAGUCCCUCGUCGCUCCCGGCAUCGACGGCGAGUUUCGGGAUCUACCUGGCAGAGCUGGCUCAGAACCUCCGCGACGCCGCCAAUGCCACCUCACCAGUGAUCUACCGACAUAACGUUGCUCAUGAUGGAUCCGUGUCCCGCCUUCUCAGUAUCCUGCAGGUGGAUGUAAUGGUAUGGCCUGGAAUGGGCUCAGAGGUCGUCUUUGAAUUGUAUUCCCGUCAGGGCUGCUACUAUAUCCGAGUAUUGUGGGGUGGGCAAGUGCUGAGGAGUUCGAACCCGAGUCUCGGUACGAUCAACUUGAUUCCCCUCCAGACCUUCUUGGCCUAUAUCGACGGACUGGUCGGGGCAGGCGCCAGCAGGAUUCCGAGCUUGUGUGGUCAAUAG